CUUGAUCAUUCAGAUCUGAACGCAUUAUCAGAAACAUGCAGGAUAUAUUGCGCUGUAGUGAAGCUUUUUCGGACAUCUGCUAUGAAGGUCGACAAAGUGUUGAAGCAAUUCUUUAGCACACAUGCAGAAAUUGGUUACUUUCAGCAUUUGCAGGGGGCGACAGGAAUGAUAAUAUCAGGCUCGGUAGCACUUGCAUUCUUCAAUCGGGAAGAGUACAGAAACAGUGAUCUUGACACAUACUGUUUGUUAAAGAGAUGUCUGGAGGUCGGAUUGUGGUACCAAUCCAUACACUACGCAUUCAAACCAGUGGGCAAACAAAAUCACCACUUCCACGAGGAUGUUCAGCGCGUCAUCGAAUCCGAAGGAGCUGAGAUUUAUGUGUCGAGGAAUAUUGCAGAGGUGUGGAAUUUUGUACGAGGAGACAGUAUGAGGAUACAACUGGUUGCGACAAAGAUUAUCCCAGAAGCGGUGAUACUUCAGUUUCAUUCAACAUGUGUUAUGAAUAUAAUCACACAGCGCGCAGCAUACUCCUUGUUCCCAAAUACCACAUUCAAUGACAACGCAACACUCGUUGUUAACUCCAGAGGUGGCCUUCUGCGAAAGUACGAUGCACCAUUGAUGAAAUACAACCACCGAGGAUUUCAAGUGGAAGUGAAACCAUCGUUGGAUAGGACAAUUGGGUGCAGGCAGGAAUUGAGCUUUGCAACUCCUCGAUGGAUCGGUGAUGGCAGGACGUGGAUACAUGAAGUUGAAUACUUUGGGCCAGGGCCGAGAGAAGUGGAUAACGCACAUAGGAUAAGCUGGGACAUGGUGUAUAAACCAAGACAGAUCCUUCUUGAGUAUUUCGAGUUGUCAAACCGGGUUGAAGUAGGCGGUGAAGAAGUACAGGCAGUGCUGGCACUGAGGGAGUUUGCGAUCGUGCAGAAUUUAGGAAGUGGCGCCAGGUAUGCACCCAAUUAA